UUAUUUAUAACAGAUUACGAGUUAAUGCUACUAGUGCUGGCAUGAAUUUAAGGAGAAACGGUUGACGUGAUACGUAUUACGAGUAUCGGAUUCUUAAAAAUAUAAAACUUUUGUUUAAAUGGCGAAAGUAAUAAACGACGAGUUUUCAGACACUUCCGUUUCCUUUUCAUUAUCUCGGUAUUUCUACGAAAUUAAAGAAAUGCAGUUAUCGCUAGUUACAUCGUUGUCCAUGCAUAUUUGACGUUGUUAACAACGACUACGUACUUACGACAUAUGCGUAUAUGUUUGUCGUACGUAUAUUGCGUAUUAUUUACAACUUGCUACCGUCGAAUUUUUAUAAUCCUCAGAAAGGUGAAAAAAAAUAGUGAAAGUAUUGGACCGUAAGAUUUAUUCGACAUUGAGAUAUAAAGGAAGUAUUUUUUAUCGAAAGAGAAAUUGUCAAUGGUGUUAUAUUUACGGUAUUAUAUUUCCUUUUUUUCUUUUUUCUUUAAAUUAAUCACAUUACCAAACGUGUUUUACUAAUCGUACAUCUUUAAAUUUAUCAACGAAUAAUUAAUGCGAUAUAAUAUCAUCAACGAUGUCGUUGGUCUCCGAUGCGAUUCCUCGUAUGGAUGUAGAAACAAAUAUGGCAAAAAAAAAUAUAAAUUUAGAUAUCUUAGAAAAGAUCGAAAACGAUCUUGACAUAGACGAUAUAAUUUCUAUAUUAUUUCUAAUGGCUAGCGAUUAUAAGAAUGUAUUUCCAAAAGUUUUCGAACUUUAUUGCAAAGCUAAGGAAUAUGGAACGUUUGUGAUAGUAGAAGUUGUCAAAGAUAAUCAAGAAAAUUGGGAGGACAAAUUAUUAGAAUCUAUUUGUAUUUGUAACAAUAGAAAAGUUAUAAAAAAAUUGGGACUACGAUAUGAAGAUUUGAAGAAAUACUACCUGUCAAAUUGUGGGUUGUAUACGAAACAAUUAAAUCCGAUUGCAAAGUGUUUAUACAUAUUAUGCGAAUCGUUAACCGUGGAAGAAACAAAAGCGUUGUUGCAUUCCGUCAAAGAGGAUAAAAUCUUUCUUUCCAUCGACAAGGAUAAAAAGUACGAAGCAAUGCUGGAAGAAAUAGAUCAAUUGGAAUUACAUUUAUUAUAUUGGAUGGACAUAGGAUAUAUCUCUAUUUUUUCAGCCAAGGAAGGGAAUUUAAAGGAUUUGUUAAAACAUUUGAACGCCUUUGACGAUAUAAAACCAAUAAUUAGAGAUUUAAAGUGCUACGACAGGAAUCGAAAUAUAUCGAGCGCGGGUACGUUCGAAGAAGCAACUUCUUUCUGUCAGACUAAUGUAAUAGAACCUGGCUACAGUGACAAGAGGAUACGUAAGAUAAAAAAGGGAUUGUGCGUAAUUAUAAAUGAAAUAAAUUUCCGUGGACUGCAGUACGAAACCCGUUUUGGAACAACGGUAGAUGCCGAUGCAUUAUUGAAAACGUUCAAAGGAUUUGGAUUUACCGUCGAUAUCGUCGAAAAUUUGACGAAACGUGAAAUACUUUCAACUAUCGGGAAUCUUUCCAAGCAGUUUGGAUGCGACUACGACUGUAUCUUUUUAUGCAUAUUGAGUCACGGCUAUAAAGGAGGUAUCAUCGCGGUCGACGAGAAAGAAGUAUCUAUCGAAAGUAUCGGUAAUGCUUUCUGCUGCCCAGAAUUUAGUAAAAUAAUAAAGAUAGUUAUUAUUCAAGCUUGUCAAGGAAACAUAAGAGGGAAAAUUCUAAACCACGAUAGCAUAACAACGGAUGGGCUAGAUGAAUCUGUGACAGCCGAUAUAACGGCACGCAUGAACUUUUGUAUUUUUAUGUCUACGUUGCAAGGUUUUAUGUCCUUGCGCGAUAAACGAGAAGGUUCGUGGUUUAUUCAAGGAUUGUGCAAUAUAUUCCAACGUAACGGAGGAAAAAUAAGCUUUUUUGAGUGCGUAACGAAAGUCAUCGAAGUGAUACAAAAUAAGCGUGGAACUAUAAACGACGAUUGUAUCGCCCAGUUGCCUGAAUUACUCUGUUGUCGUUUACAUAGCGAUUUUGAAUUACCGCAGUACAAUCCUUAGGACAAAAGGAAGAAAUUCUUUUAAUAUAAUGUCUGUUUUGU